CGAUUUCAGUUUUGCGUCUAUCGUAUUCUCAUCGAGUUCACUUAAAGUUUGUCCCGCUUCGAGCUGCGCACAGUUUCAGUUUUACAUUUAAUGCGAGCACAUCAACCAGCCAUGAAACUGUUCGCCCUGCUCCCCAUGCUCCUGGGCUUUCUGGCCAUUGGUCAAAGCAACGCCGCUGUGGGCACCACCCAUUUGCUAUGCUACUACGAUGGCGACAGCUUCAUCCGCGAAGGGCUUUCCAAGCUGACGCUUAACGACUUGGAGCCGGCAAUGCAGUUUUGCACGCACCUGAUCUAUGGUUAUGCCGGUAUCAAUCCCAGCAGCAACAAGCUGGUUAGCACCAAUGAGAAACGCGAUUUGGAUCUGGGUAGCAGCCUGUUCCGCUCGGUGACUGGCUUGAAGAAGAAGUACCCAGCGCUGAAGGUGCUCCUCAGUGUCGGUGGUGAUAGGGAUGCACCUGAGGAGGAGAACUCCAAGUAUCUGACACUGCUGGAGAGCAGCAAUGCCCGCAUCCCGUUCAUCAAUAGCGCCCACUCGUUGGUCAAGACCUACGGCUUUGAUGGUCUCGAUCUGGCCUGGCAGUUCCCCAAGAACAAGCCAAAGAAGGUGCACGGCGGCAUUGGCUCGUUCUGGAAGGGCUUCAAGAAGAUCUUCACCGGCAAUCAUAUUGUUGAUGAGAAAUCCGAGGAGCACAAGGAGGAGUUCACUGCGUUGGUGCGCGAACUGAAGAACGCGUUCCGUCCCGAUGGCUAUAUCCUUGGCCUCAGCGUUCUGCCCAAUGUCAACUCGUCCCUGUUCUAUGAUGUACCUGCUUUGAUCAACAACGUGGACUAUGUGAAUUUGCAUGCUUAUGACUUCCAGACACCCGUCCGCAAUCCGGAGGUAGCCGACUUCACAGCGCCUAUCUAUGAGUUGAACGAACGCAAUCCCGAAUUCAACGUCAACUAUCAGGUGCAAUACUGGCUAAACAAUCAUGCACCCGCCUCCAAGAUCAACGUCGGCGUCGCCACCUACGGUCGUGCCUGGAAGAUAACCAAGGAUUCCGGCUUGACCGGACUACCACCAGUUGCCGAGACUGAUAAUGUUGGCCCUGCUGGUCUUCAGACACAAAUCGCUGGCUUCUAUAGCUGGCCCGAGGUGUGCGCCAAGCUGCCCAACCAGGCCAAUCAGCAUCUGAAGGGCGCUGAUGGGCCACUCCGCAAGGUUGGCGAUCCCACAAAGCGCUUUGGCAGCUACGCCUAUCGCUCCGCCGACGAUAAGGGUGAGAAUGGUCUCUGGGUGAGCUACGAGGAUCCAGACACGGCCGCUCUCAAGGCCGCCUACGUGAAGAGCAAGGGUCUUGGCGGCAUCGCUCUCGUCGACCUCAGCUAUGAUGACUUCCGCGGCGGCUGCACAGGCAACGAAAAAUAUCCCAUUCUGCGCGCCAUCAAGUAUAAGUUAUAAGCGGGCACAUACAUAUAUAUACAUGUCCCUCCACUAUAUAUAUAUAUAUACAUGUCAAUCCACACUUGUAACGCCUUUUUACAACUACUAAAAAAUAUAUAUGUUUUCAUUCCGAGUAAUCACUAAA